AUGGUGAUAUUUGCAGUAUUGGUUAUUGUGCCUUUACCUCAAGUGGUGUGCAAGAUUCGCAGUGCUAAAUGCAGCAUCAGUGACCCUCUGCCUUUUCUUCACAAGAAACAUCAGUCAGGAGACUUCAUUGUUGUGAAUAUCCUCUCUCAGAUCUAUCUCUUCCAGACAAUGAUAGACUUCACCAGACGUCCCUCUAAGGAGCUCUUUGAGGACACUGUGGUCAUGACUCCGAUCUACCAGCACAUCUUGGCCUUAGAAUUUGCCAUCAAGGAGAUCGAUAGAAAUAUCCAACUUUUACCCAAUCACACUCUUGGUUUUCAGAUCUAUAAUACCUACUUCAUGACAGGUUGGACGUAUCGUGCCUCACUGGAGCUUUUCUCUACAAAGGGCCAGUUCAUCCCUAACUACAGCUGUGAUAUGCAGCACAGACCAAUAGCAGUCGUUGGAGGACCUACCUCUGAGGUGUGUCUACACAUGGCUACCAUCCUGUCCAUGUACAAGAUGCCACAGUGGACCUGGAUUGGCAUCUUGUCUGUGAAUAAUGAGAAUGAGAAGGUGGUAGGAUUCCGGCAAUUUGUUCAGAUGAGGAACCCUAUCUUGGAAAAAGAGGACAGUUUUCUCAAGGUCUUCUGGGAAAAUGCCUUUGAAUGUUCCUUCACCAUCUCUGGCAUGGAAGCAGAAAAUGAUGUUCCCUGCACUGGGAAGGAGAAACUGGAAGGUCUUCCUUCAUCUGUGUUGGAAAUGGACAUGACUGGCCACAGCUACAGCAUCUACAAUGCCAUCUAUGUGAUGGCACAUGCUUUGCAUGACUUCCAUUCAUCAAUGGUGGAAUACAGAGCUCAAGGGCAUGAAGCCAAAGUGAAACUUCUGGAUCAAAAGCUUUGGAAGGUCCAGCCUCUAUCCUGGUGUAAUAGCAAGUGUCUUUCAGGUUAUAGUAAGAGCAAGAUUGAAGGGAAGCCAUUUUGUUGCUAUGAUUGUCUGCAGUGUCCACAUGGGAAGAUUUCCAACCAAGUAGACAUGGAUUAUUGUUUUCAGUGUCCAGAAGAUCAGUACACAAAUGUGAACCAGGAUUUGUGUCUUCCAAAGUUUACAACAUUUUUGAUGUACGAAGAAACUUUGGGGAUCGUUUUGGCCAGUUCUGCUCUUUUCUUUUCUUUGGUCACCGCUGGAAUCCUUGGGAUCUUUAUUAAGCAUCAGGACACUCCCAUAGUCAAAGCCAACAACCGGAAUCUCACCUAUGCUCUCCUUGUUGCUCUCCUGUUGUCUUUUCUUUGUUCUUUGUUAUUCCUUGGAAAACCAGGCAAGGUGACCUGUCUCCUUCGUCAAACUGCCUUCGGUAUCAUCUUCUGCAUGGCCAUUUCUUGUGUGUUGGCCAAAACCAUCAUUGUGGUUCUGGCAUUCAUGGCCACUAAGCCUGGGUCUAAGAUGACCAAAUGGGUGGGGAAAAGAUUAGGCAUGUCCAUCGUGUUGGGCUGCUCCUUUGUUCAAGCUGUGAUAUGCACUGUGUGGUUGACAACCUCUCCCCCAUUCCCAGAUGCUGACUUGACUUCAGUGGCAGAAGAAAUAGUUCUGGAAUGUAACGAAGGUUCCAACUUCAUGUUCUACUGUGUCCUGGGCUACCUGGGCUUCCUUGCCUUUGUUAGCUUCACGGUGGCUUUUCUAGCGAGAAAUUUGCCUGAUGUUUUCAAUGAGGCCAAGUAUAUCACCUUCAGCAUGUUGGUCUUCUGCAGUGUUUGGGUGUCCUUUGUUCCAACAUACCUGAGCACAAAGGGAAAAUAUAUGGUUGUCGUGGAGAUCUUCUCCAUUAUAGCUUCUAGUGUUGGGUUACUGAUUUGUAUUUUUUUCCCUAAAUGCUAUAUCAUUUUGUUGAGGCCUGCUCUGAACAAUAAAGAACAGCUAAGAAGACAAAACCACAGAAAAACAUAA